UGCUGCUGGCGUGAGCGUGUUUUCACAAACGAGGGAUCACGUGACCGCAGUGAACAAUCAUGGAGUCGCUGGGAGCGGAGUAAUGGGACAUGACACUUAACACAUAGUCUAUGACGCGUGUUCUACUCGCUGCGUUGCGUUAUACACACGCGUUUUUGCGUAGAAAUGGGGAAUGCGCAGAGUUGCGGUGUCGCCUGUCUCACCGUGGGUUCGGUGUAUUUACUUUACGCUCACAUUUACCGCUCUCACCAGCUGCUGAAAACUAACGUACUCUCCAGCGACCACCUGCCCAGCUUCCUCUACCUCUACCUGAGGAGUCUGAGCCGAGCUGUGAGCAGGAGAUCGGGACACCUACACGCCACGCCACCGAAGAAGAGGAGGGAAGCUGUGUUCACGGUCCUCCAGUACAGGCUGGACCCUGUCACUCUGAGGAGGUUCUGCAGUGCAGGGGGUUAUGGUUGGGAUUAUCCAGACACUGAAUACAGAGACAUCCCCCUGUGCUUCCCUGACUUCCUGUGUGGCAGACUGCUGCUGAUGGUGCUCACUGAUCCCAGCUUCAGACUCAGCCCAGCAGGUCUGGUUCGUGUGCGUCAGAGUGUGAAAACCCUUCAGCCAAUUGAUGAGCUGAAGAAAGGUCCGUUCAUGCUGCAGGUGCGAGUCAUGGAGUACCGGCCAAUCGAUGCAGGGGUGGAGGUUGACAUCUGUCUGUCCGCCAGCUCUCGUUCAGGGAGCCUCGUGUGGGAGAGCGUCCUGACACUGCUGUCCAAAAACAAGCUCCACACAGCCGACACAUGCUUCACAAAGACUGAACAUGAGAGUGAGCAGUGUUCUGGCCAACCAUGUGAGCCUGUGCCAGACAACAUGAAGCAGGUAGAGCUCAGAGUUCCCUGGAGAACCAACCUGUUGUGUGCAUGGUCCUCCUCUAUCUACUCCCUCCAUCGGCUCCUCUCUCUACCAGCCUGGCUGUUCGGCUGCAGAUCACAGUCCGCACCGAGUCUCUGGAUGCUGUCAGUCUGCUUGGCUGAAAUCGAAAAACACAAAGGGGUUGAAGUCAUCACAGCUCCGAUCAACGUCACCGUCCAGUUUAGGGAGCCUCUGUUGGUGCCAGGAAAAGUGGUGAUCAGGUUUUGGGAGAUGACCAAAAAAAGGGGUCAGCACUUUGCUGAAGGCCUCAGCUUCCACAUGCAGCAGCCUGGAAGCAACAUAUCUCAUGUGGUGGGGAUGAUUUCUAAGUCUUGAUUAAUAUGGACUGUUUAUAUUUGUACUGUUGUCAAAACAUAAUAAAAAUGUUAAUAUUUUUCUUUUUCCAUUUACUUCAGUUUCAUUUAAAAGUACAUAGUGCACUUUAGUAACUAAGUGCUCUAGGCUGGUUGUGGAUAAUAAGCCUAUCACUGUUCACCUUUCAAGCCUUUUCUCACAUAAUACAAUAUUGUAUAAUUUUUUCCCCUUCUUCAAAAUUUGAAUGACUACAUAAGAACAAUAUUAAUGGAUCUGUCUCUGAGCCAUCUCUUUGUUUUCAGCUUCAUUAAAUGCACCCACCAUGGUACCUAUGAUCAUGUGACGUGAUUGUUCGAUGUGAUGUGUGGUGCUUGGAUCACAUAGAUGAGAAUAAACAGCGGGAUGGAGAUUGAUAUCUUUCCUAA